AUGGCGCAGCGAGCAUCGACUCAACUAGCAGAUUCUGAACGAGCCGGUAGCCUAACGACGGACUCAAAGAGAAACAGACAGUUCACGGCACAAGACAACGAUUUGAUGGUUUAUUUGAAAGAAGUAAAGGGCUUAGGGUGGGGGGAAAUAAUGCAGGAGUUUCCCGAUCGAACCAAAGGCGUGCUCAACACCCAUUAUUGCCGCAAAAUCAAAGGGAAUAAUUGGAUGUUAAAUCGCUUGACUCUGGAGCUGCCCCCUAAGUAUGCUGCUGAAGCUGAGGUAUUGUGGCCCGCCUUUCGCAAAAGACUGGGGUUGCAACAUUCCCCAUCCGCCACGGUCCCGUUAAGACAUGAGGGCACACCAAACGAUAUACAGGAUCAAACAUUCCUUCCUCAGCCAGCACGUCCUGGAGGACGCCCUCGCAAAGAGGCUACGACCGCGAUAUCACUAUCAAAGACAUAUCCUUCUGCUGUCUACAACUCAAGCUCUGACUAUGACUCAGCGCCUCGUCAAGGACCCGCUCGUCCUCAGCGCAGUGUAGCCUCAGUCGAUUAUACCUGGCCUCGGCGCCGUCGGCGACCACAGACGGCAGAAGACUUUGACGAGGACAUAGUAAUUGAAAAAGCGGAAACCCCUGACUUGGAGCAUCUACACGGUUCUUUAGCUGUCGAAGAUGACGUUGUGCUACCUGUGGAUGAACCAAUGGACUUGGUGUUUGACCUAGAGGACGCCCGAUUAGCCGUAACAGGUGGAAUUGUCCCCUAUCUUUCAUUUUCGCAGCGAAAAGUUAUUCAAGACGGCUCUCUGGAAGGGGAGUGGGAUCAAAUCGCCAGUAGGGGUUGGCAAGGGACCGUCCUGCACGUGGAUUUUAGUCGGGAAGAGAUGGAGACAGUGGAAGACUCGCUUCAACAGAUUGUCGGGGAUGCCUGUCAACGGUCUGGCAAUAUUCGGAAACGACUAAGAAGGACACUGUUCAACCUACCUGAACCGAAGCUCGUGCGGCUUUCCCAAGCUGUACGGCGGAAACUCCAAUCAAGAGAUGUAUCAAGCAUAGAUGCCUUCAUUCAGGAUGCCGCGGCCGGCAAGCUGUCUGUUUCUCCUCACAUCCAGCGAAUUGGGGCUGCACGACCAAAGCGGACUUGGAGUUCGAGUGGCAGGACGUCCACGUCUUCACUGCUUCGUCACCGUGAAUUUGGGCUCCAAGCACGCAGAGGCUGGAGCGCUGCUUCAAGGCCAUUGAGUUACAGCUUCAGGAAUAAUGUCUAUGACACAUUGGGACCUACGCUAUCUUACACAGGAGCAUCAGGUGACGUAACCACCGUCGCGUGGAGUCCUGACGGACUAAACUUCGCUGCUGGCGCAGUCUGUGUGACUGAUCGUGAUUCAAUGCAGUACAACAGACCAAACAACCUUUUGUACGGCGAUGUGGUGAAGCAGACCAUACAUGAACUUGCAGAACACCGUAGGGAGAGGAAGAGGCCCGAGUCGGGUCCCAAUUCCUCAGAGGAGAUGCACGUCUCGCAAGAUCCUUAUCUCUAUUAUACAGUGUCUUCCGUCGCCUUUUCUGCGGAUGGAGACUGGAUGUUUGCUGCAGGCUAUGAUCACACGGUUACAGUGUGGCAUACGCGUGACAGAGGGAGCGGUGAGCGAUUUCAGCCAAAGCUUUUUAAGGCACUUGAACAUAAAGCCAAAGUGGAUAUUAUCGCAGUGAGCCAGCACAACACUCUGGCCACUGCUGCUAAUCGAUGGGAGAAAGCUAUCAAAGUCUGCACAGUCGAGGGCAAUUUUUCGCCUACAACAUUCUCGUCAACAAAAGGGCAUCAGCGACCCGACCUGAAGAUUCUACCCACGGCGUUAAAAUUUGAACCGACUUAUGGUCGCUUGCUACUUGCUGGUUUUGGCGCCAAUAGGUCCGAAGACCGACUCGAUACCACCGGGGACAUAUGUCUUUGGGAUGUGCAAACGCAGCAAGAAAUCAUGGUUUAUGGCUCCACUGCAAACAUCUUUGAUGUGGCAUGGGCCCCAAACCGUGCCUUGACAUCCGUGUUUGCAGUAGGCUGUGUAGCAAGUGGGAAUGUGAAUAGGGGCACCCGCUCGCUCGUGCGUCUCUAUGAUGGAAGAGGGUUUGAAAAACGCACCAAGAUAAUGGAGGCCGAGUGCCCAGCACUCGACAUGAACGAUGUUGUUUUCUGUCCAUACGACGAAAAUCUCAUCGCCGCUGGCUGCACGUCGGGUCAUACCUACGUAUGGGACUUGCGUAAACCAGAUCAAUGGCUUUACCGACUCCAGCAUGGUAAAUCGCUGAUGCCGCUUGAUGAGGGAGUGUCUCGUGAGGUCGUAGAUACAGGCGUGCGCUUCCUGUCGUGGGGCGACAACGCCACUCGCCUGUACACUGGCUCCUCUGAUGGAGUAGUUAAAGUCUGGGAUGUUGCGCGCGCACACCAGGACGUCUUCGUCAGAGAUCUUGUAACUCUCAACUCGGGAAUCAUGAGCGGCGCCUUCAGUCCAGACAACAGCCGGCUACUCCUUGGUGAAGUUGAUGGCUCGGUCAAUGUGCUAGAGGUUGGGAACAAUGACCGCUCUGUAAGAGACAUGGAGAAGAUGACAUAUGUCCCAUACAAGGAGGACGUCAACGAGGCAGUCCUGGCUGAGCAUGGCACAGAACCUGCUGCGCAGCUUCUUGCUAGCGGAGAAAUGGUCAACGUUCCCUUUGGAGGUUUCCCCGUCCGCCAAGCUGUCCAGGGCCCCAACUAUCGCGGCCCUUUCGAUACAUCUGCCGAUGCAUCAUAUCUCAGGUCACAAGCCAGGAAGUUCCAAUUGGGACUUGCAGAAACCUCACAGAGUUGUGACGUUCCUUCUUGCGGCAACACGUCCAUCCUGAGAAUGACAGCCGAGGAGCGGGGCGAUUCAGGACGUAGUGUUGACCGAAUUCCCGACGAACUGCGCAAGCUCUGGAGUAUAACUGAAUCGGAACAGGCUGCUUUCCAUGGCAAAUCGAAAUGCCAGAACCCUGCUUGUGGACGACCAGCUCGACCGAAAGUCGCCUUUGGCAGUGAAGCACAAAAGCAGCUCUGUGAGCGUUGCAGCUUUGGCUGCUUUCGAUGUGGGGGACUGUGUAGAAUUCUAAACCCUGGAACUGAUGACAAAGUUGUUUGUCAGUCUUGCCUGGAGGCUUGGGAAAUAGGAGCGUUGGGAUAUGAGGCUAUUGACGAUGAUGUCCUGGCAGCAACGACUUUGGAGCUUCCUGUACCGCAAUUAUCUCGUUGGAAGAGAGCCGUGGAGCGGGAAAAGGAACGUGAUGAGAGGAAGGGCACGAGCUGGGGGGAUGAACUGAAUGCUCUAAGCGACUACUAUUUUGGGCUCACGGUGCAGGAAGAGGAGGAUGACUAUUGA